AUGGCAAUGCAACGCACAAGACUUAUUUUUCUUGUCGUCUUUUUUCUUUAUGUAAAAGUUGAAAAACUUCAAUCACUAGACUAUACAUGUAAUGCAAAUGAUUUAAAUACUGGAUUUACUUUAUCAUAUUCAUCUCAUACUGCUGAAGAUAAAUCAUCAAGUUGUUCUUUACAAAAAUGUAAUUCAAAUUUGAAUAAUACAAAGAAUUGUUAUCAUCCGAGUACACCAUGUUUUGAUUAUCUUUCAUUUGAUAAUCAAAGUUAUUGUGCACCUGCAAUUCAAUGUUCAAUUUUACAAAUAUGUAAUCAAACUUGUACAUCAAAUACAUCCGUUUGUAUUGUUAAUUCAUGUUGUUCACCGUCAUCUGUAUGUUUACCAUUAUCAUUGACAAAUUUGUGCAUCAAAGGAUGGUUUAUGACAGGUAAUAUGACAUAUGCACGCUAUGGUCACACAGAAUCUGUAUUAAACAAUGGAAAAGUUCUGAUUUCUGGUGGAUAUAAUAAUAAUGGUGGUGGAGAUCCAUCUGGUGCAGAAUUAUAUGAUCCAUCAACAGGCAAUUGGUCGGCUACGAUGUAUAUGCAUAAUGCACAUUCUCUGCACACAUCAUCCAAACUGAAUAAUGGGACAAUUUUAGUUGCUGGCGGAAUGCUUAAUUUUAUUGCAACAAAUACCACAGAACUGUAUGAUUUAUCAACAGGAACUUGGACAAGGACGGGCAAUAUGAUAUAUGCACGCUAUGGUCACAAAGCAUCUGUAUUAAAUAAUGGAAAAGUGUUAGUUAGCGGGGGAAGUAAUGGUAAUGACACAUUAAACACCACUGAAAUAUAUGAUCCAUCAACAGGAAUGUGGACAAGUACUGGAAUUAUGAAUGAAAAACGAUAUGGACACACAUCAUCUCUUUUAAAUAAUGGAAAAGUAUUGGUUACUGGAGGAGCCGCUGGUUUUAUUGUAUUCAAUAGUACUGAAAUAUAUGAUCCAUCGACAGGAAUUUGGCUAAUGACUAAUAAUAUGAACAGUCUACGCAACGGUCAUAGUGCAACUCUAUUAAACAAUGGAAAAGUAUUAGUUGCUGGCGGAAGUGAUGGUUAUGGUGCAUUAAUUACCACUGAAUUAUACGAUUCAUCAACAGGAACUUGGGCAAAUACUGUUAAUAUGAAUCAACCACGCUAUGGUCACACAGCAUCGCUAUUAACUAGUGGAAAAGUCUUAGUUGUUGCUGGACAAGGUGUUAUUAAUGGUGAAUUCUAUGAUCCACAAACAGAAACAUGGACGAUUACAGGUACUUUGAAUAAUAAUCGUUACGGGCACACAGCAUCUCUUUUACAUAAUGGAAAAGUACUUAUUACUGGUGGAAUUGGUGGUUACUAUCUAAACAGUGCAGAAUUAUAUUAA